AUGCUUGUGCUACUCACUGUCGUCCUUGCCUUCUUGAUACCUGCGUCAGGCCAGCGCCCGACAAUCGAAGAAUGCGCUCGUGCUGGUGGUACUUGUAGCCGCGAGUUCAACCCCAUAUGCGGUUCGGAUGGCGUCACCUACAGCAACCCCUGUCUCUUUCGAUUUGCUCAAUGCAAAAAACCCAGCCUGACCCUUCAUGCCCGUGGGCAGUGCGAUGCAACACACCUGAAGCAGGUAGAAUGCGCUGGUCCUCGUGUAUGUACCCGCGAGCUAGACUUCGUAUGCGGCUCAGAUGGCGUCAGCUACACCAACCCCUGCUUCUUUCGAUUUGCUCAAUGCGAUAACCCCAAGCUGACCUUACAUGCCGGUGGGAAAUGCGUGACGAAGGAAGAAUGCGCCGGUCCUCGUGUAUGUACCCGCGAGCUAGACUAUGUGUGCGGCUCGGAUGGUGUCAGCUACAUCAACCGCUGCUUCUUUCGAUUUGCUCAAUGCGAUAACCCCAAGCUGACACUUCAUUCUAGUUGGCGGUGCGACGCACCACGCCUGGCGAACAUCAUAACGAAGGUGAAUGCGUGGGGUCGUCUCAAGAGCCAGGGCGUGUCCAAGACCGACACCCCCGACUGCGCCGUGUACUAG